AUGCAAGGAUUAAAAAGUUACUGGAACCACCGCCACUGCGCCGAAGUCAUUUUGAACACGCACAUGCAUGAAGAUGCAAAAGGCAGUGAAAGAAAGCCCUCAUAUACAUCAUGUGCUUGUGGCUAUGGAUUUGCUCUUUUCCUCUCCCACCCUAAUGCACCCACGUCGUCAAUCAAAGGCUACGAUCACCAAUUCGAAC